GUAAGUGGGCGGCACAGUGCCGGUUUGAGCCGAUACAACAGUCAACAGGUAGGUGAUAUUAAUGUUAUUUUUAUUCCAGGCCCUCAUAGAUGUUUAUGUUUUAACCAAGGUAUGAUGGGUGUAAUAAAUCUGGGGUGCGAAAGCAGGUGGGAUAUUAGAAUAUAAAAUGAAUAAGCUUUUUAAAAAAAAUGCGUAGGUAGAAAGGUUUAGUUUUUAUUUAUUUAUUUUAAUUAACUUUGUUUUAGCGGUUGUUUAAUUCACUAAGUUUUUAGGGGCUGUUUAAUUAACUUUGUUUUAGUGGCUGUUUAAUUCACUAAGUUUUAAGGGCUGUUUAAUUAACUUUGUUUUAGGGGCUUUUUAAUGAACUUUGUUUUUAGGGUUUUUUUUUUAAUGAACUUAGUUUUAUUUUAUUUUUGUUAUAUUAACUUUGUACUUAAGGGCUGUUUAAUUUAAUGGAUGAACACAUCAUAAACGAUCAAGCAAAAUAUUUAUUUAGAGACAUCCUAAAGGUUUUACGGACAAUCCCUUAUCUUGACAAAAUUCUUACGGACUCUCUGUAAAUUUACGAACGUUUAGCAGCCCUGCAACCCACUGGGUUGUUAUUUUAACUUACAAAAUGUUUAAUGCGAUUGUUGAAUUGUUAUCGGGCUUCACAAUAGACGACUGAGUUUUCGUUAAUAAUGCGAUUCUCAAUAGUGAAUCUGUUUGUUUUUGUUGUUGUUUUUUUGGUGUGUUUUUUUGGUGUGUUUUUUUGGUGUGUUUUUUUGGUGUGUUUUUUUGGUGUGUUUUUUGUUCUUCAAAUGAAUGAGGCUGCCUUUGAAAAUCCGCUCCCUCAGAGUUAUCUACCCGAUAUUAAGGUUAUUGUUACAAAUAAUCAACUUUAAGACACUAAAUCCGCUCCCUCAGAGUUAUCUACCCGAUAUUAAGGUUAUUGUUACAAAUAAUCAACUUUAAGACACCAAAUCCGCUCCCUCAGAGUUAUCUACCCGAUAUUAAGGUUAUUGUUACAAAUAAUCAACUUUAAGACACCAAAUCCGCUCCCUCAGAGUUAUCUACCCGAUAUUAAGGUUAUUGUUACAAAUAAUCAACUUUAAGACACCAAAUCCGCUCUCUCAGAGUUAUCUACCCGAUAUUAAGGUUAUUGUUACAAAUAAUCAACUUUAAGACACCAAAUCCGCUCCCUCAGAGUUAUCUACCCGAUAUUAAGGUUAUUGUUACAAAUAAUCAACUUUAAGACACCAAAUCCGCUCCCUCAGAGUUAUCUACCCGAUAUUAAGGUUAUUGUUACAAAUAAUCAACUUUAAGACACCAAAUCCGCUCCCUCAGAGUUAUCUACCCGAUAUUAAGGUUAUUGUUACAAAUAAUCAACUUUAAGACACCAAAUCCGCUCCCUCAGAGUUAUCUACCCGAUAUUAAGGUUAUUGUUACAAAUAAUCAACUUUAAGACACCAAAUCCGCUCUCUCAGAGUUAUCUACCCGAUAUUAAGGUUAUUGUUACAAAUAAUCAACUUUAAGAUACCAAAUCCGCUCUCUCAGAGUUAUCUACCCGAUAUUAAGGUUAUUGUUACAAAUAAUCAACUUUAAGACACCAAAUCCGCUCUCUCAGAGUUAUCUAUCCGAUAUUAAGGUUAUUGUUACAAAUAAUCAACUUUAAGACACCAAAUGAUUAAGAAUUAAAAAAUUUCUUUAAAAUCAAUUUUUUUUAAAGUGACAUUUUAAGAAGCAAAAAGUUACAGACAUCUCGUGUUGAGAUUUGAUUAAUUUCAGGUGUUACUUUAUUCCAAAACAGAUCUGACAUCUCUUCGCCAGCUGUUGACUUCCCCAAUUCGGUAUACUAAACCAUGUCCACCUCGGACCUUCUGGCCAGAGCGUUAGCAAAGCGACUAGAAGAGCAGCUUGCAAGGCUUUCCUUCCACGACAUUGUCAUUAAAGUCCAAGGCAAAGAUUUUGAAUGCCAUCGUUUCGUCCUCAGUGCCUGCUCCCGGCACUUCAGAGACGAGUUAAGCAGUGAGACCUGUGAUCAGUUGCCCCAAGUGCUUGAACUCAAAGAGAUAAGCCCGGAAACAUUCAAGCUUGUCCUUGAGUGCGUGUACGGGGCCAAGGAAAACUUCACGGUUGACAACGUGGCGGGUGUUUGGUACGCAGCUAACCAUCUCCAGAUUGAUUUUCUUUGCGAGGCUUGUGAGAACUUCCAGUUCCGGCGGCUGUCAAAGGACUGCUGUGUUGAGAUUAGCAUCGACGCCAAGCGUCUUAACGCGGACAGGUUGUUGGGGGAUGCAAGAAAGUUAAUGAUAAAGGAAUUCGACUACCUCAGAAAACGGGAUGAAUUACUUGCCCUUGAUUUUGAAGAAUUGAAACUGCUUGUCGGCAAUGAUGAUCUUGAAGCGAAAUCGGAGGAUGACGUAAUCGAAACAAUUCUGAGGUGGACAAGAUUUCAAAGCAAUGAAGCGAAUCGAGGAUCGGUUACGGGUGUGGAUUCAACGAUUCUAACCUCAAAAGUUAUGAAGGAAAUGCUGCCAGAGCUCCUUAAGUCUGCUAGAGUGUGUCUUGUCAAUGGCACUUUUCUCCAUACCCUUUUAGAUGACGACUGUGUUUUAAACAGUCCGGCCGCCUUUGCUAUUGCGCGUGAAGCUCUGAUGUAUCAGCUCCAACCAGGGAGACGUCAUGACUACUGUCCACCUUACGCCAUGCACAGAAGCUUGAGUCCACUACAGAACGUCACAGUCGUUGUCAGCUUGGGUGUCAAUGGAGCCUACAAAAUGUCCUGUCGAACUCAUGACGGAAUCUGGUAUGUGAUGACCCAGCCCCCACAGUAUAAAGUGAGUGCAGUUACAUUUGGCAGUGACAUUUAUACGGUUGCUACAUGUGGAAGAUUUCAGCUCACCCAGAGAUACAUCUUGACUAACUGUUCUUGGAUUAACCUGUCCAACCUACAAAUGCUGAGAGCAGGGUGCGCACUUGUAUGCGUGGACAAUUAUGUCUACGUCAUUGGUGGGACCAAUAACAAAUCUAUAGACCGAUUCAAUGCCCAAGUAGAACAGCGAGUUAACAAUUCUGUAACGUGGGAAAAAGUUGGUGACCUACAGUGGGAAGUGACCAACUUUAUGGCUACAGCCAUUGGAAAGUACAUCGUGGUGUUUGGAAAGAAAAUUAACAGCACUCUGACCAGUGUCCAAAGCUUUAAUACGUCAGCUAUGACCACACACGCCUACACUAACGACAUCAUGGGCGAGAAUACUCCCAUGGCCAGUUUCAAGAAUGGUAAGGACACUUUUGUUCUUCUAGAGACGGGAGACUUGUGGAAGGUGGUCAACUGCGACAACCAAGACUUGAAAAUGGAGUUCCGAGGGAAGUUGUUUGAUGAUAAGUUGUCACUUCACGGAGCGGUAGUCUUUAACAGAGAACUCCUUAUCCUGGCCACAGGGAUUAACUCACAGAGGCCCAAGGAGUUUAGCACCAUGAAAAUAGACAAUGUCUCCACUGUUAAAAUCAUUGAACGCGACUGUGUGUGUCUUCUCAACACUGUCAUUGCGAAAAAUUUCCUUACACAAAAGGAGGUAUAAUUAAGAAUAUUUAGACAGAGAUGAGGUGAAAUAGUUGCAUGAGAAUCUGCUUACAAUUUUUUUUUUGUAUUUUCACCUUAGUAGCACACAUCGGUCUGCAGUGAGUUAACACAUUGUGUAUUUACCGACUUUCUAUCUGUUCUUCUGAUCUUUGUUUCCAUUUACUUUUUUAUAGGUAGGAUAUAUAGUCAUAUAUUAUUAACAAAAUUAUUUGAAUGGGCGGGUGGAUGGCUGUGCGGUCUAAACUGCGAACGAUUCCAAACUUGUCGUAUAGAGUUCAAUCCUUAGAAAACCUUGACAAGCGACAACAAACAGCACCAGCGGCCCGGGACCGAGUCCGUGGGACUCAUUAAACUUCGAUGGGAAUUUAUCCAAGAGAAGGUAAAAAUCUGAAUCUAAGCCAUUGAUGCCCAGCUGUAUCCAUUGGAAUGGGCGGAGGGAGAGAGGAGAUUUUCCCACCGAUUUUUCCCAGGUCUUGUCUACACCAUCGUCUCAUUGUGAUGGACGGAUGCAAAAAAAAAAAAAAGAUUUAAAUUCAGGGAGAAAAAAAAUCCUUUGUUUUCAUGAAACGUCUUCAUUUUAUUUAGUCUUUUGCUGAAAGCUUAUCCAUACAGCUUUAUUUAAUCACAUUUUUUGGUGACUUAUUAAUUUCUUCACGCUUAAUCGCAGUCGACCUCCUUGUAUAUAUAUAUAUAUAUAAUUUUUUUUUUUGUAAAUUCAGGUAACAUAUACCUAAGUGUCUGAGGUACUAUUUCGUCAAGUU